GUGCUCCAGCCAGCAGGGGUCAGUGUGUGUGGUGCGUGUUCGUCUCGUUUCUUCGCCGCUUCCAUCAACCUUGAUGGAGUUACACGUGAAAACAUUUGUCCUAAACUGAGCGAUUUAACAUCAUCAAAACAGAUCAGUCAUGGCCAAGUACCUGGCUCAGAUCAUUGUGAUGGGGGCUCAGGUGGUCGGACGAGCUUUUGCAAGAGCUUUACGUCAAGAAUUUGCAGCCAGUCAAGCGGCUGCUGAGGCUCGGGGGGGAGCGGGAAGACAGUCCGCCGCUGCGUCUAGUUUCACAGGAAUGACUUUACAAGAAGCCCAACAGAUCCUGAACAUCUCCACAUUAACACCAGAGGAGAUCCAGAAGAAUUAUGAGCAUUUGUUUAAAGUCAAUGACAAAGCGGUCGGCGGUUCAUUCUAUCUUCAAUCAAAGGUGGUCCGGGCUAAAGAGCGUCUGGAUGAAGAACUGUCCAUUCAACAGCAGCACCAAACCAAACCACCAGAGCAGCAGCAGCAGACAUGAGCUCCAUCCUCACACGCCUCUUCUGGAACUAUGACCCACACCCACAAUAAAACCUCACCUUUUUUUUGUACGUUGAAAUGUCACUCAUUGCUUUAUUCGUCCGUCAGAGUGGAGGAGUAUUUUCUGGAUAUUAUUUUUCUCCCGAGGUCUUGUUGGAGUUCACGGAACUUUCGAACGCGUUUAAAAACGUACAUUACUCCUUCAGACGUUUUGAAGGAAGUCUGUCAUUCUCAUCAAGGCUGCAUUUAUUUGAUUAGAAAUACUGUAAGAUCAGUAAUAUUGUGAAAUAUUGGUACAAUUCAAAAUAUCUGUUUUUCUAGUUGAAUAUAUUUAAAAAUCUAAUUUUAUUCCUGUGAUGUCUUCAGCGUCACAUGAUCCUUCAGAAAUCAUUCUGAUAUGAUUAUUUGUUGCUUAAGAAAUAGAAAACCUUUGUUUUAAUGUAUUUACUGUCAUAUUUUUGAUCAAUUUAAUGCAUCCUUGCUGAAUAAAAGUCAUCUUUUUUCUUUUCUGUUUUUUGCUUACCUCACACUUUUAAAAAGUAGUGUAUCCAUCAGUUUCUUCUUGUUGAGAGGAAUGCUCUGGAUUUAAUAUAAGAUAUCGACUUUAUUUCAGGCUUAAUGUAGAUUACCGCAGCAGUCAUUUAACACUAUUAAAACUAGGGAAAUGUUUAAAGUCUAGGCAAAACCUUGGAUGUACAAACUUUGGAUGGAUUUAUCUCCAGUAAAAAGUACUUGUAUCGCAUGUCCAUCUUUUCGAAGCUGUGAAAGGAGAUGAGAGAUUGUCCAGACAAGGUUAAGAAGUGAUGCUAUCACACCUGUCUUGUGGCUGGACUUCAGAAACAGUCAAAGUACAUCAUGUGGCUAUUUGAGUCAUCAGUAUAUUUUCGCUGGUUGGUUAUUAUUGUAAUUUAUGUAUUUAAAUAUUAAUAAAAUAGUAUGUAUAGCAA